CAAGACCGGAAGUGCUCUGUCCCCGCCAGUUUGGGCUUGACGGCCGUCGGAACAAUUGCACGUCCCGGUGGCGGUGAACGCACGCACGCACGCACACAUCCGGCAGCGGCACGCGCUCAUCCCGGCCAUCUGCAGGCGGACGACGACGCAGGACGGAGGGAGACAACUCAGCUAAGGCCGCGCCACACUUCCUUCACCUGUGUCCCGACGAAGGUUCUUGCCUCGCCUGACGAGCGGCUUUUCUCUCGCUGUCCCCCGUUCGGCAGAUGGCGUCAGCCAAAGAUCCGGCGCCAACCCGAGAGGAGAGGGACGCGGCCGACCAGAACUUCGACUACAUGUUCAAGCUGCUGAUCAUCGGCAACAGCAGCGUGGGGAAGACGUCCUUCCUGUUCCGCUACACGGACGACACGUUCACCUCUGCCUUCGUCAGCACGGUGGGCAUCGACUUUAAAGUCAAGACCAUCUACAGGAACGACAAGCGGAUCAAGCUGCAGAUCUGGGACACAGCGGGUCAGGAGCGCUACCGCACUAUUACCACAGCUUACUACAGAGGAGCGAUGGGCUUCCUCCUCAUAUACGACAUCACGAGCCAGGAGUCCUUCGCGGCGGUGCAGGACUGGGGAACGCAAAUCAAGACCUACUCGUGGGACAACGCCCAGGUGGUGCUGGUUGGAAAUAAGUUGGACCUGGAGGAAGACAGGCAGGUCACCACUGAGGAUGGUCAGAGACUUGCUACAGAGCUAGGCUUCCGGUUCUUCGAGGCCAGCGCCAAAGAGUGCGUCAACGUGGAGCAGGUGUUCGACGAGCUGGUGGACGUCAUUUGCGACAAGCUGAACGAGAGCGUCGACGCCGACGCCUCCCCGUCGGCCGAUCGCAAGGCAAACGGACUGAAGGGCCCGCCCGGCGCCGUCCAGGCGGGCUGCGCGUGCUGAU